GUCGCUUACGUGAAACACCCCUACGAACCCCGAAACGAGCGGUGAGAAUGCAUUCGGUCCCACAUGUCUCUGGCAUUUAGUAGUAACCUUCAAAAAUGGUCAAGGAAUUGUACAGAGAGACUGCGGUGGCCCGCAAAAUUUCCCAUGUCACGUUUGGAAUUGAUAGCCGUCAUGACAUGGAGCGGCAGGCCCAUAUCCAUGUCGUCUCUAAAAAUCUCUACAGCCAGGACAGCCAUCGCACACCAGUGCCUUAUGGGGUUCUCGAUAGAAAAAUGGGUACUUGCUCCAACAUGGACACUUGUACUACUUGUGGUAAAACGUUAAAUGAAUGUAUUGGGCACUUCGGGUACAUUGAUUUGGAACUCCCUGUGUUUCAUGUGGGAUAUUUUAGGUCUGUAAUAAAUAUCCUUCAAACAAUUUGCAAGAAAUGUUCUCAUGUGAUGCUAAAAGAGGUAGAAAAAAAAACUUACAUGGCUCGUGUCUUGAACCCUAAUACAGGAUAUCUCAGCCGCAAAGCUCUAAGGAAACAAAUAUUAGAAAAAGCUAAAAAGAAUGCAACUUGUCCAACUUGUGGUGAGCUGAAUGGUACCAUCAAAAAAGCUGGAUUACUAAAAAUUGUGCAUGAAAAAUACAAGAACAAGAAAAAAGUCGAUGCUGUGGUACAGAAAAAGCUCGCAGAAUAUAAUAAUGUAUUGGAAGAGAACCGGGAACUCGAAGGAAUCCUUCAAAGUGGACUUGUUCAUGUCCUAAAUCCUAUUGAGGUUCAAGGUAUACUAGAGCGUAUUCCAGCAGCCGAUAUUCCUUUGUUGCUAAUGAAUCCAGAUUGCUCCUUACCAAAGGAUUUGAUCUUGACUAGAAUCCCUGUGCCUCCGAUUUGUAUAAGACCCAGUAUUGUGUCUGAUGUCAAGGCUGGCACAAACGAGGAUAAUUUGACUAUGAAACUAUCCGAGAUAGUUUUUAUUAAUGAUGUCAUACAAAAGCAUCGCCAGAGUGGAGCAAAAGUACAAAUGUAUAAUGAAGAUUGGGAAUUUCUACAGCUGCAUUGCGCCUUGUAUGUCAAUAGUGAAAUGUCUGGCAUCCCACUGAAUAUGCAGCCAAAAAAGUCUGGGCGGGGAUUGGUUCAACGACUGAAAGGGAAACAAGGCAGGUUUAGAGGAAACUUAUCCGGAAAACGUGUUGAUUUUUCUAGCAGAACCGUAAUAUCGCCAGAUCCUAAUCUUCGUAUAGAACAGGUCGGUGUACCAAUUCAUGUUGCAAAAAUUCUUACCUAUCCUGAAAGAGUGAACUCCUGUAAUAUAGACUUAAUGCGUAAAUUGGUUCAAAACGGUCCUGACGUACAUCCAGGGGCUAAUUUUGUUCAGCAAAGAAGUACAGAAUUUAAAAAAUUUCUACGAUACGGAAAUAGACUGAAAAUAGCUCAAGAACUAAAGUACGGAGACAUCGUUGAGAGGCAUCUUCGUGAUGAGGAUGUAGUCUUAUUCAAUCGCCAACCGUCGUUACAUAAGCUUAGUAUCAUGGCACAUAAGGCUAAGGUAUUAGAGCAUCGAACCUUCAGAUUUAACGAAUGUGUUUGCACUCCAUAUAAUGCUGAUUUUGACGGGGAUGAAAUGAAUCUGCAUUUACCGCAGACUGAGGAAGCCAGAGCGGAAGCAUUGGUGUUAAUGGGGAACAAAUCCAAUUUAGUGACACCUCGUAAUGGGGAAUUGCUCAUUGCUGCUACUCAAGAUUUUAUUACUGGUGGAUAUCUAUUGACACAGAAAGAUACAUUUCUCAACAAAACACAAGCCUGUCAACUAGCAAGCUGCCUUUUGGCAGAUACCGAUGCUUCGAUGAACAUAGAUCUCCCACAACCCGCCAUUCUCAAGCCAAUAGAAAUGUGGACGGGCAAACAAAUUUUCAGCUUAAUACUAAGGCCAAAUAAGCAGUGCCCGAUAAGAGCUAAUUUAAGAGCUAAGCGAAAGACCUACACUCAUAAUGAAGAGUUGUGUGUUAAUGAUUCGUACGUUAUAAUUCGUAACUCUGAACUGCUGGCUGGAUCUAUGGAUAAGUCUACAUUAGGUUCUGGGUCCAAACAAAAUAUUUUUUAUGUCCUACUGAGAGAUUGGGGAGAAGAUGCUUCUACGACAGCCAUGUGGCGUUUAGCCAGAAUUGCGAGCUACUACCUUAUGAACAGGGGUUUUUCUAUUGGUAUCGGCGACGUCACACCUGGUCAAGGAUUGCUACGAGCUAAGCAAGAACUUCUUUCUGCUGGGUACUCCAAGUGCACCGAAUACAUCACACAAAUGGAAGAAGGACGCCUAAUUUGUCAACCAGGAUGUUCUGAAGAGGAAACUCUAGAGGCGAUGAUCUUGAAAGAGUUAUCAGUAAUUCGUGAUCAUGCAGGAAAAGCAUGUUUGAAAGAACUACACCCUAGUAAUAGCCCCCUCGUUAUGGCUCUCUGCGGUAGUAAAGGAAGUUACAUCAACAUUUCACAAAUGAUUGCUUGUGUGGGACAACAAGCCAUCAGUGGUAAACGUGUGCCAAAUGGUUUUGAGGAUCGCGCGCUGCCACAUUUUGGACGUCAUUCAAAGGUUCCUGCAGCCAAGGGAUUUGUGGAGAAUUCAUUCUACUCAGGUCUCACGCCAACUGAAUUCUUCUUUCAUACAAUGGGUGGACGAGAGGGUCUAGUUGAUACCGCUGUAAAAACUGCAGAAACGGGAUACAUGCAAAGAAGAUUGGUCAAAAGUCUGGAGGAUCUUUGUCUCCACUAUGAUAUGACCGUGAGAAACUCUGUUGGAGAUAUAGUGCAGAUUUUAUAUGGUGGCGAUGGUCUAGAUCCCACGUACAUGGAGGGAAAGGAUUGCCCUGUGGAUUACAAAAGAGUCCUCGAUCAUGUACAAGCAAAGUCGCCAUACAGGAAUGAAGUGUCUUUGGAUGGACCAAGUGUGAUCAAUGCUACUACAGAGUUAUUGAAAUCUGAAGACUAUUCGUGUCUUAGCGAUGAGUUCAAACAGGAAUUAGAAAUAUUCAUGAAGUCCGUAGCGCACAGGAUAGUAAGAGUGCGACAAAACAUCUCUUCAGAAUCUUCUGCCGUCCAGCAAUUGGAACGUUUGACUGUGUCACAGUUGGUAGAAUUCAUGCAGACAUGCAAGGAAAAAUAUAUGAGGGCAAAAAUAGAACCGGGUACAGCUGUUGGGGCACUGGCCGCUCAGAGUAUCGGUGAGCCAGGAACCCAAAUGACCUUGAAAACUUUUCACUUUGCCGGUGUUGCAUCCAUGAACAUUACACAGGGUGUUCCACGCAUUAAGGAGAUCAUUAACGCUAACAGCAAUAUUAGCACACCAAUCAUCACUGCGGCAUUAGAAGAUGACACAGAUCCAGAAUUUGCCCGAAGAGUCAAGGGUAGAAUAGAAAAAACUACUUUGGGUGAAGUCACUGAGUAUAUUGAAGAAGUUUAUCUCCCAGAUGACUGUUUUCUCUUGAUCAAAUUGGAUGUAGACAGAAUAAAACUUCUCAAAUUAGAAGUAGAUGCGAACUCUAUCCGCUAUUCAAUUUGCACAUCAAAACUUCGCUUGAAUCCAAAAUUAGUGAACGUCAGAGGAGAUUCGAUUAUUACAGUAAGCCCUAACAAGCAAAAACUGAACAUAAAUUAUGCGCUUAUGCAGCUAAAAGAAACAGUCCCAAAGGUCGUGAUCAAGGGUCUGCCGUCUGUUGCUAGAGCGGUAAUUCACAAUGAUGACUCUAGCGGGAAGAUCAGAUACAGAUUAUUCGUCGAAGGUGAUAAUAUGCGAGAAGUGAUGGCUACACCUGGCGUCUUAGGUAGCAAAACCACAUCCAACAAUACAAUGGAAGUGUUUAAAACACUAGGAAUAGAAGCAGCUCGAGCAACAAUCAUGACGGAAAUCAAGUUAGUCAUGGAAAAUCACGGUAUGAGCAUAGACAGACGACAUCCGAUGUUAGUCGCUGAUCUAAUGACAAGCAGAGGCGAAGUUCUUGGCAUCACACGUCAUGGCCUUGCGAAAAUGAAAGAAUCCGUUUUAAAUUUAGCUUCUUUUGAAAAAACAGCAGAUCAUCUGUUUGAUGCAGCUUAUUAUGGGCAGAAAGACACAAUAUCAGGUGUGUCAGAGUCGAUAAUCGUUGGCAUUCCAGUUCCUGUUGGCACGGGAAUCUUCAAACUGCUUCACAAAGCGGAGGGAAACAAGCCGGAAAGGAGGCAGCUGAUAUUCGAUGACCCCCAAUAUCACAAGAAGAUCCGGAAGCCUACUUCGUCCUAGCCAUAAGUACUCUAGAUUUAAAUUGUAUAUGUAUUUAUAAACCAAAUAUUGAAAUAAUAAUUUUAUAAAAAAAAAUAUAACACUUACACCCUUGAAAUCCA